AUGGGGCAACAAGACUUGCCAAUAUUCAUCUUUCUACUCAUCUCAUCAGCUUUGGCAAGCAGUUUGCUGAAGAGAACGAUACACGCUGAUGGAAGUCGAGAUUUCACCAUUGUCAAGCACAUCAAACAGAACACGUGCAGUUGUAGUUGUAAAUGUGUUCCCGAUGCAAUUGCUGAGCAAUGGUUGUCGGAUAGAAAGAAACCGAUAAAUCAGGUUGUCGACGAAUCCCCAGCUUCUUCAGCGGUUCUUGAAGCUAUUUUGGGUCCAACAACAAAAGAUGAUUUGACAAGAGCUCACAAUGAUGAACUAGCGAUUGCUGAACACUUUGCACCAACAAUAAAUCCUGAAACAACCACUGGAACAAGUACUGAACCAACGACUACGACUCCAGAACCAAGCACAAUAAUUGUCACUACAGAAGAACCCAAGUCCGCCUCGCAAAGCCCAGAAGUUGGAUGGUCAGAUGAUGAGACGAGGAACUCUUUGAAGCACUUGAAUCAAGAAGUUGAUUCUUCAAGCAAGGAUAAUACCACUCCAGUUACAACGUUGAAAGUUCAAAUUCAUCAAGCUGAAGGGUCAACUGAAGGCAUUUCAAAAGCAACAUCUUUAAAUCCAACUCCUGUGUCCAACACUAGCACAUUCAAUGAGAUUGGGUCUAAUGUGGAUCAACCAAUUGAGUCUAAGGAGCCGGAAGGGAAAAGAACCGAAAUGGAGCCAGUAACUUCCGCUAUCAGUACAACAGCAACAAUUUCUCUAGAGGCCACCUCAACAAUACAGUUCACUGAUGCCCAAACUGAACCAAUUUCGGAAGUGACAGGAGGAUCAACUGCAACAGGAGGAUCAACUGUAACAGAAGGAUUAACUGCAACAGGAGGAUCAACUGCAACAGGAGGAUCAACUACAACAGAAGGAUCAACUACAACAGAAGGAACAUCUGCAACAGAGGGGUCAACUGCAACAGAAGGAUCAACUGCAACAAAAGGAUUAACUGCAACAGAAACUCAAACUCAACCGACUACAACAUCAAUAGAGCCUGAGCCUGAGCCGUCAACCAGUCCCACCACUACUGCUACAACUCCAGCUAAGGCUCUAACUACUCAAGAGCUUUCAACGGAUAGAAACAGCCCUAGUGAACCAUCGACAACUGAAACAAUCACUUUGUCGACCGCAUUGUUGACUUCUGAAUCCACUACGACAACUGGAACAACGGAAACAAAGCCCUCAACCUCUACAGAUUCAACAACAACCGAUUCAACUGGUGUAACGGUUUUAAAAAAUGAAGACUCUUCAACCACUCAAUCACCACAGAGAACCACUCUUUCAACGAUUCUUUUCAGUGAACCGAUCACCGUUCAAGCGAUUGUUGAAAAUACGACCCAAAAAGAACUGCCGGCUAGAUGGAAAAAUUUGAUGGAUCGACUGAAGAAAAAGCUGGAGGAGCUGAAAGCAAAGAAAGUGGCUGAGAUUUUGGCUACGCAAACAACUACGACCACUACACCAAGUACUACGACCACUGACAGUUCGACAAAUGCGGAUGGUGCUUUGGAAAGUACAGCGCCAACUACAAGUGCUUUGCUGAUUGGUGACGGUGAGAUGAAAACAACCAAGAGUGAGAAGGGAACGGCUUUUGUCACUGCUGAACCGGAGACUGAGUCAACAACUGCUGCAUCAACUAUUGUAACCUCAGCUGAUUUAACAUCAACUAUUUCCGUAGCUGAGUCAACUCAUGAUCAGAAGACAGCUACAACAGAAGUGGAAAGCUCAACUGGAUUGGAAGUAGCCUUCAAAACCGAACCAGAUCUUCCUCAAUCAACAAUAAAACAAACGGAAACAACCAUAGUGCCGUUGAUCAUUUUCUCAUUGCCCACGGUUAAUCGAUCGAAUGGAACCGUUGUAAAAGCUUCUACCACCAAAAAACCAACUCAUCCAUCUAAAAAACCAAAAGUGAAACAUGAGAAGGAAGAAGUUGAUAAAGAAAAUUCAUAUGAAGUUGAUUCCGAUGAAGAAGAAGAGCCAAAGCCGAUGAAAGGAAAUCAUCCACGUGGAUUCAAGAUGAUUGUGGCCAAUGAUGAUGAUAAACACCCGACCACAGUCAAUCCCAAUGAUGAGAGCAGCGAAGAGGUCGCAAAGAAGCCAAAGCAAAAGAAGGGACCCUUAUGGAGACAGCAGGGAUUCAAGACCAUUGUCGCGAAUGAUGAUGACAAGCACCCAACUACUGAGGCUCCUACGACAACAACAACUGUUCUUUCAUUCUUUACACUUCCUGGAUUCAAAAAACACAACGAUAAUGCUACUGGUCUAGAAGAAGCGAAAAAGCUCUUUGCAAAUCAAGGAACAACUCUUCCAAACCUUGGCUCAACCCAAUCAGCCGAUAUGAUCACUGGUUUGAUUCGCGGUAUCAUCGGCGAAGCCAACAAUGUUUUAGCAAGCUAUAGUAAAUCCCCGCUAACUCAAGCUCCCUCUUUGGGCCCGGCUUUUGUCACCGAGAUGCCUAUCUCAUCUGGAUCAAUUGCGCAAGGAUCUCCAACUUUCAAUCAGUCACCUGUGAGCCCAGUUGAGCAAGAAAUUGCCUCAUUUGGAGCCAGCCAACCAGAACGAGUCGAACCAGUUAUCAGAGUCAACCCAACAAUCAGUUCUUUUGCCACUGGAAGCCCGCUGGAAAGUGAGCCGGCCGAUGUGCGAAGAACGCAAGCUUUGAAUACUGGUGUUUUAGCGGAGAAGAGGCGAUUGGAAGAGGCUCGAAGAUUGCGAGAGGAACAAGCCAGAGUUGAGCAGUUGCACGAGAGAGAACGACAGGAACAGAUUAAGGAAGAGAUGAAGAAACGACGAGAUGAGAUGAUCAAGCAACUCUUAGAGCUUAAAGAAGCCGAGCAACGACAGAAAGAGUUGUUAGCUGAAAAGGAAAAGCUGGCUGAGGAAGCCAGAGCUUUAAUAGCUCAAAGAAAAGAGCUAACUCAAGCGAAUUCCGAUGAGAUCGACACCGAGACCACAAAUAAUCCGAAUGUUGUUGUUAGAUACAAAUUGAGACCCUCACAAUGCGCGGCGAUCAACAAAUUCACGAGAGUCUUCAAAAUUUCUGAUCCCUCCGACUGGAUUCAGAGAAAUUGCCAAUUCGCGAAGAAAUACUUCCCGCAAGCUUCUUGUUCUCAAAUCCAAAGCCUUAUCGAGUCGUGCUUCGUCUUUUUG